UAAUUUCCAUUUCUAUCCAUUUUAUCUACAUAGCUACAUCGUAUCUACUAUUGCUCCACCAACUUGGUUGUUGGUUGUGUAUAUCCUAUCAGGUUUGUUCUAGUCACGGUUUGCCUUAUCCGCAUAAUUUCGUUUUGUGACGACAUUCAUAUAUCAUCCAAUCAUGCCUCACAAAGAAGACCCCGAAACCACCGAGUUCACCCCAGAUCUCUACCCCCCCUUCCCCGACGACAUCCCCGCCAUCGAGCUAGAGACCAUCACCUUAUCAAAACUACUUGGCGGCGACGCAGCAGAGCAAAACCGGGUGUACCAGGCCUGCGUCGGGCGCGGCUUCUUCUACCUGGCGCUGGAGGGGUGCGAGGCAGGUGACACGAUUCUCCGGGGUGCGGAGCAGGUCGCGCAAGCGGGGGAGCGGAUCUUCAAGCUACCGCUGGACGAGAAAAUGCGGUACAGGAUGAUUAAGUCGCUAUUUGGGUACAAGUAUGCCGGGGCGUCGGUGACGGAUCGCGCCGGGACCCCCGACACGGCUGAGUUCUUCAAUGUGGGUAAAAACGAUAUGAUCGUGCCCGAUGCUAGUAUGACCCGUCCCUGGCCUACCGAGGUCCUCGACGCCAAACCGCUUUUUGCUUCCUAUGUCAAGACCGCUCACGCCGUUGGGUUGCAUAUUUUAUUCAUCCUCGCCAAUAAGCUCGGCAUUGACCCGUCCGAAUUUGCAAAUCGCCAUAGGAUUGAGGAGCCCUCAGGUGACCAUAUUCGCAUCACGAGGGGUCCGCCGAGAGAGUCUGAAGAAAUGCCUGAGAUCCAGACUCCGUCACACACCGACUUUGGGACAAUCACUGUUCUCAUGAAUUGGCUUGGCGGGCUCCAGGUUUAUUCGGAGUCGUCGCGAAAGGCGCGGCCUGGUGACGGUGAGCCAGAUGUGCCUGGAGAAUGGCUCUGGGUGAAGCCGAAGAAGGGUUGUGCUAUCAUCAACCUAGGAGAUGCAGCUGUAACAUUCUCCAACGGUAUUCUCAGUUCUGGUCGCCAUCGCGUGAUCCCGGCUCCCGGCGUGCAAGGUCAAUGGCCACGGUAUAGCAUCGUUUACUUCGUUCGCCCUGAGGAUGAGUGUAUUAUGAAGAAACUCAGAAUAAAGGGGGUUCCUGAAGAUCCAGAGGAAGAGGGAGAGAAGCUAACGGCGAAGGAAUGGAUAUAUAGGCAAGCAUUGGCGUUGGGAAAUCGGCUUGACGAUUAAGAGGCAGAGUGGACAAAUUCGCAUCCUAUGAUUCUCCUAUUACCUAGGUAGAAGU